AUGCCGCUAUUACCCUUUGAAAUAUUAGCUUGGUCCGACUUUUUAUUAAAAUUAUUGAAUGAAGCUUCAGCACAACAGCUGUACAGACACCAGAAAGUUGCACUAGAAGAGUCUCCAACUCAUCAAUGCGAGACAGAGCAUGUCCGAAUAUUUAAACAAGAAUUAUUAGAGUGGUUGACGAAUAAAGCAAAACAAGUUGAAGAUUAUAGGUUAUUUUCACGACAACUACCUGCAUUUGAUGCAGCAGACUACAACAAAUUAAUUACAUGUUGGAGACAGACGGGAUAUACUAUUUAUAGACGCUGCUGGCUGCUUCAUGAGACAAAUAUUAACUUUAUAGGAGGCUCCCAGAGGCACGAAGCAGUUAAAGAAGCGGCUUCUUUAACUUCUUCUGUUUUGAAGCACGAGUGCAUGCAAAUUUCUUCAACCACAGGAGAAACAACAACAGCAACAACAACAGCAGCAGCAACAGUGGGAGCAACAGCAACAGGAGCAGCAGCAGCAGCAGCAACAGCAACAGGAGCAGCAGGAGCAGCAGCAGCAGGAGCAGCAGGAGCAGCAGGAGCAUUAGAAUGUCGGGGUGUACAUGGAGAUGAAGGUUAUUUAUGUAAAUACAGUCGUCAUCACUGGCUAACAGUUCGUCAUAUAUUUGAGUUCUUGAGGUGUACAGACAGAAAAUAUAGAAGAGCUGUCGCUGAACCGGGUGAAGCUGUCGGAGCGAUGGGCGCUCAAUCCAUCGGAGAACCCGGCACUCAAAUGACUUUGAAAACUUUUCACUUCGCUGGUGAGCAGACUGACACAGAGACAGAUAGAUAG